AUGGCCCCGCCUGCACCACCACCCCCACCCCCUAUGUGCUUCCCCUUCUCUUCGAAUCGCUCCCGUUUCAAACAAGCCAGCCCACUCCACUCAGGCGAGCGCUCACCCGCGCGGUCUCGUCAGUCUGGAAACCUCGUUCGCUCAGGCUCUGUCUCGACGACUCGAACCCUUACCUCUGAUCGUGAUCAAGAAAAACUACAAUUCGACUCAGAUUCAGAGCCAUACGAUGUCCCUGCACUUCCCAACAACCGAAGCCAGUCUAAGAUCUCACACCUCUCUCGCGAUGCUAGUAAGGGCAGCCUCGUCAGGACUGAUUCCAAGAGAUCUGCAAGAUGGGGCUAUGGUUGGGGCAUAGGCAAGGCCAAGGAAAGAGAAAGAGAGCUCCUGGACAGGAGUCCUUCUGUAAACUCAGAGAGGCCACCCCUUCCACAAUAUGACUCUCCUACUCGCUCGUCUUCAAGAUCAAGCCGUAGCAAACGGCCCCCUUUCUACUCCAACGAUUCUUCAAGCACAUUGGUGGGCUCUGCAUUCGAGCGCAAGAUCAACGACGUGGAAUCCAUCAAGGAGCGCAUCGAUACUGCCGAGCGACUCGAACAGAUAAGAAAGCUAAUGAUGAAGGAUAACCUUGAUUAUUACGUUGUUCCAAGUGAAGAUGCUCACCAGUCAGAGUACGUCUCAGCCGGCGACAAACGCAGAGAAUGGAUAUCCGGGUUUAGCGGUAGCGCUGGCCAAGCUAUCAUCUCAAAGACUGCUGCUUACUUGGUCACCGAUUCCCGUUACUGGCUGCAAGCACGGGCGGAGCUUGACCCAAACUGGUAUAUCAUCACCGCUGGUGCUGUUGAUGCCCCGAAAGAUUGGAUUGACUGGCUCGUGGAUCGGGCCAAAAAUACCAAAGUCGGAAUUGAUGCCCGCAUGAUCUCGCACGAAAAAGCGACUCGUUUGAAUACGCUACUCAAUGCCAAAGGAUCCAAACUGAUUUUCCCCCCUCAAAAUUUUAUUGAUCUCUGCUGGAAAAACAAACCUCCGCGCUCGAAGGAACCCGUUUUCAUCCAAUCGAUUGAAUUUACCGGCCGUGAAACAUCGUCCAAAAUUGCCGAAAUUCGACAAUGGAUCAGAUCGCAACCACCCGCCGUAAUUCCAUACUCCAAGUCUCCACCAUCACCAGCUCAAGCCCAUGUGGGCACCCUCAUAACUUCCUUGUCGAACCUUGCUUAUUUGCUCAAUCUACGCGGAUCUGAUAUCCCAUUCAAUCCCCUAUUCUACGCGUAUCUGUUCAUAUCCAUUGACAGAGCUAUUCUAUUCCUCGAUGCCGCUAAGGUCACAGAUGAUAUAGAGGAUUACCUUCGUGCCCACAAAAUUGAGAGACGGGACUAUAACGAUAUCUGGCCCUUCCUUCGUAGGAGGGAGUGGGGUGAGGGUAGACUCCUUAUCAACGCAGAGACGUCGUACGCAAUUUCGCUUAUGUUAACUCACUUCCGAUAUACUGUUGUUCCCUCACUCGUCGAUAAUAUGAAGGCCGUCAAGAACGAGGUGGAAUUAGAGGGUUUGCGGCGUGCCUACCUACGUGACGGCGCUGCCUACGUUAGGUGGUUGGCCUGGUUAGAGCACAAGAUUCGCCAGGGCUAUGAUAUCACGGAAUAUGAAGCCGCGUGGCGACUCACCGAGUACAGGAGACAGAACAAACAUUACUGGGGUCUCGCGUAUGAAAACAUCUCUGCCAGUGGACCCAAUGCGGAUGAAAUAAACGAGUUGGAGUCCAAUUGCACGGUAGCUCUGCCGCACUAUUCGCCAUCCAAAUCAACUGCCAAAAUGAUUGACCGAGAAACGCCGUACCUCAACGAUUCAGGCGCCCAGUACCGAGAUGGUACCUGUGACACUACGCGCACUGUCCAUUUUGGAAGGCCAACUCAAGAUCAAUCUGAAGCAUAUACACGUGUAUUACAGGGUCAUAUCGCUGUUGAUAGCGUCAUUUUCCCCGAGGGCACGACAGCAUGGGACGGGUCACGGUUUUGGCUCUUUUCUGAAUGUCCACGAGGGGCCUCACGGCUUCUCGAGCAAUGUGCCGCUGGUUCCAUGGCCAUGUCAUUACGAAUGAGCCUGGCUUCUCCAUCAGAUCUGGAAGGCAAGUGGGGGAUGCGAAUUGAAUCUGCGCUAUGCGUGAGGCGCGUGAGGACGAAGGGCGAGUUUAGCGGCGAUAUCUGGCUCGGUUUCGAGCGGUUGACUUGUGUGCCUAUCCAAACACGUAUGGUGAAAGAAAACAUGCUUACCAAAGAAGAGAAGCAGUGGCUCAAAGAUCAUAAUAAGAAGUGCCUGGAAAGGCUUGAGCCAUUCCUCAAGGAGGACAAGCGGGCACUCAAAUGGCUGAAACGAGAAGCCGAAAGAGGCAUCGGCAUCGCUGCCCCGGGUCCAGGAGGGAUCACGAUCGACUGGGACUAG